CUGAUGCAAGAGAUGAAAUGUAUACUGGACGAAGGAAAGAAGACAUCAUGGCCAAGGGCAUUGAGAUGGUCAGCGGACGGGAGGACCACCAAAGAGUUGUUGGAGAAGAAAAUAUUCAAAAAUGAAAAGAUAAAACUUAAAAAAACAAAAGAGAUGAGUGGGUUUGAGUGGACAGAGAUGGUAAAAUCUGAUGAAGAAAAAGUCAUACUCAAAAAAGCCAGGAACCGCCUAUCUCAAAAAAGUCAUUCUCUUGUGAGUGAACAUGGGGAUGCUUUACAUGCUACAGCAAAUGCCAGAAAGAGGAAAAGCCCCGAGCAAUGCAUCCAAAAAGGGAAAAGCCCCGAGAAGACAAAAAUGAAUCCAAAAAAGACAUAAAAAACACACAGUCCUCAAAUCAUUUUGGAGAAGCUGAUUGGAUGAAUGGGUUGUUGACUGAGGCAAACACUAAUCCCAAUUGCCAGGUUUGACACAUAAAUUUUUAGCAAUUAACAUCCUGACAAUGACCAUAUUUAAUUGUUCAUCUUGAUGACACAAGAAACUAUGCACGUGGUUGAAGCUGAUUUGGGAACAUUACAUAAAAUUAGUGACCAGAAAGGCAUUGACAAUAAAGUCAUUGACCAGCAGGUGAUGGAAGAUGGUUUGGAGGAAGGCCAGAAAAUGGAGAGUGUCAUUGAUAGUGUGGAAACAACAUCACAAGCUGCUCGGGCAGUAGAGGAUUUGGAUCCAACCAUUUGGGACAUUAGUCCUUACUCUGAACAACCAAAGGUCGCAGAGGGUAUCCUCAAUUAUUUGUUUCCCACUGAACAACCACAUCUCCUAAAUGAUGUUCCCACUGAACAACCACAAGUCCUCACUGAUAUUCCCACUGAACCAUCACAAAUCGUCAAUGAUAUUCCCAAUGAACCACCACAAAUGCCCAAUGUUGUUCCCAUUGAACCACGCCAAGUCCUCACUGAUAUUCCCACUAAACAACCACAAAUCCUCAAUGAUAUUCCCACUGAACCACAACAAGUCCUCAAUGAUGAUCCCAGUGAUGAUGCUGAGGAACAACACACUAAGGAUAUUGCCAUUGACCAACCAAAAGACACUGCAAGGCAGAAGAGGGUUGUGAAAUGCCCAGAUAAGUUUACUCAUUCUAACAAAAAAUUAAAGACAAGAAAGGCAAAGAGCAGACAAGGACCACAGACAUCUAAACAGAAAACCACAGAUGGUGGUGAUGACAGUUCGCAACCCAACAAUGUGGAGGACGAAGCUGGCAUGGCAGAAAGUUAUCCCAAAGGGCCAAAAUUAGCAUUAACUGCUGAGAAUGUGUUGUUUUUAGCACAAGGUCUCCUAAGCAAGAAGAAAAAAGCAAAUGACACAAAGUACACAAGCCAGGAAAAUACUUUAAACCCAAAAGAAUUUUGGUCACUGUGGGGGCAUGACGAGACAAUGACAAAAACGUGGUACCAUGGAUUCUUCUACCCUCAUGAAUGGAUGGAUGAUGUGCAUGUAACUGUGGCCUUGAAAUACUUGGUCAUGAAAGCACAAGAAUAUGGCUUGACCCAGCCAUUUGCAGUAACAGACAGCCUAUUUGUCAGUCUCUUGAAGAAAGAAUAUGACAACUACUUGGGAAAAAGGAAAACCAUUGCUGAAGCAGCAUUGAACACUUCAAUACUGAAACCAAUCCUAGGGGCUGUGCCAGAAUUGGGAGGACGCUAGGCAGAAUGUGAUUACGUGUACAUGCCAAUCAACACUCGAAACCAUUGGAUACUGGCUGUGCUUGACAUAUCAAAGAAAUGCAUCAGGCUGUAUGAUUCUAACCAAAAGGGGAAGACCAGUCGCCACACAAAAACAUGCCUUCCAUGUCUACAUAUCUUACUACCAAAGGUGAUGGACAAACUGGAAGUGUACAAGGAGCGGAAAAUGUCUGAGAUGGGAGAUGAUGUGCUAGGCAUUGUAAACGUAAAUGAUUGUAAUAACAUGUAAUAUAAUUAAACCACCAUAAUGUCCAAUGUACGUAAUAAUAUGCAGGGUGAGCU